AUGGCCGACGACAUCCCGAAAGACCCCGAGAAGCUCGCAAAGGAGGACAAAGAUGCCCUCGACUUCUUGGCAUCUGAAGCCAAAGAGUUCGACAAGGAUGCCGAGAUCGACCGCAUCCUCAAAGCCUUCCGCCUCGACGCCUAUGCCGUGCUAGACCUGCUCCCGGGCGUGCCCGAGUCCGACAUCAAGAUGGCCUACCGCAAGAAGUCGCUGCUGAUCCAUCCCGACAAGACCAAGAACCCCCAGGCCCCGGACGCCUUCGACCGCCUCAAGAAGGCCCAGACAGAGCUGAUGGACGAGAAGCAUCGUGCCCGCCUCGACGAGUCCAUCGCCGACGCCCGCAUGCUGCUCAUCCGCGAGAACAAGUGGACCGUCGACUCCCCCGAGCUCAAGACCCCCGAGUUCCAGGUCCAGUGGCGGAGGAAGACGAUAGAGGUCCUGGUCGACGAUGAGCAGAGGCGGCGCAGACAGAUGAAGGCGCAGAUGCAAGAGGAAGGAAGAGAACAGAAGAAGCAGGAUGAGGAGAUUGACGAGCGGAAGCGCAAGAGGCAGCACGAUCAGGAUUGGGAGGCCACGAGAGAUCAGAGAAUUGAUUCAUGGAGGACGUUCGCAAAGGGCAAGGGUGGCGGUGCCAAGAGUGGUGGUGAAGGUGGCGCCAAGAAGAAGAAGAAGCUCAAGCCUAUCGGCUAA